AUGAACAGAACUCUACUGCUACGUUUGUCCGACACUGGUGAGCCCGUCACAAGCUGCUCUUAUGGCAAAGGUGUCUUGACACUACCCCCCAUCCCACUCCCCAAGGACGCCCCCAAGGACCAGCCGCUGUACACGGUGAAGCUGUUGAUAUCUGCAGGCUCUCCCGUCGCUAGAGAUGGCCUGGUGUGGACAAAUUGCCCACCAGAUCACAAAACGCCCUUCAAAAGAGACAAGUUCUACAAAAAAGUUGUCCGCUCCAGCUUCCACAAGGACGACUCCAUCGGCCUGGACAUUUACGCCCCGGGCUCGUACUGCUUCUACCUCUCCUUCAGAAACGAUAGCGAACAGCUCGAAACAACUAGGAAAUACUACUUUGUCGCCUUACCCAUUCUCCACGUGAACGAUCAUUUUUUGCCCUUGAACUCGAUCGCCAUGCAAAGUGUCGUGUCCAAAUGGCUGGGCUCCGACUGGGAACCCAUCCUGUCCAAUAUCGCUGCCAAAAACUACAACAUGGUACAUUUCACGCCUCUGCAGGAAAGAGGCGAAUCAAAUUCGCCGUACUCAAUAUAUGACCAACUGCAGUUUGACCGGGCCCACUUCCAGUCCCCGGAAGACGUGGCAGAUCUGGUCAAACACCUGCAUCGCGACCUGAACAUGCUCUCCUUAACCGAUAUUGUGUUUAACCACACCGCAAACAACUCUCCUUGGCUUGUCGAACACCCUGAAGCUGGGUAUAACCACCUCACUGCUCCACAUUUGAUCAGCGCCAUUGAGCUCGAUCUAGAACUUCUCAACUUCAGCAACAACCUCAAGUCCUGGGGCUACCCGACCGAGCUGAAUACUAUAGACGAUCUUUUCAAAAUCAUGGAUGGUAUCAAAGUGCAUGUUCUAGGGUCGUUGAAACUUUGGGAAUUCUACGCACUGAACAUCCAGGCAACCCUACAAGACUUAAAGGACCAUUGKGACGACGAAUCCAACGAAACCUUCGAGUUCCCCGAAGAUAUUAAAGAUGCCUCGUCAGACUUCGUGAAACUGGCCUCAUUUGUUAAAGAUAACGUUACCGAACCCAAUUUCGGCACACUAGGCGAAAGAAAUUCAAACAAGGUCCAUGUGGCUAAAUUUAUACAGCUCCUGAAGCUUAUCAGCAACGGAGACAGCAGCAACAUUGAACCCUCAUUAGCUGUUGCCCAGAACAUCUUGAAUGAAUUAAACUUGCCCCUGUAUAAGGAAUACGACGAUGAUGUCAGCGAGAUUCUUGAACAACUGUUCAACCGAAUUAAGUAUUUAAGAAUAGACGACAACGGGCCCAAGCAGGGUCCGGUCACUCCCAAGGUGCCUUUAACAGAACCAUACUUUACCAGGUUUAAGGGGAAAGACGGCACAGACUAUGCCCUCGCCAACAACGGUUGGAUAUGGAACGGGAACCCGUUAGUGGAUUUUGCAUCCCAAAAUUCCAGGGCUUACUUACGUAGAGAGGUUAUUGUCUGGGGGGAUUGUGUCAAAUUAAGAUACGGCAAAAGCCCCGAAGAUUCCCCCUACUUGUGGGAAAGAAUGUCCAAGUAUAUUGAAAUGAACGCCACAAUAUUUGACGGGUUCAGAAUCGAUAACUGUCAUUCCACCCCAUUACACGUUGGUGAAUAUUUCCUUGAUCUGGCCAGAAAAUACAAUCCGAAUCUUUAUGUCGUAGCUGAGCUGUUCUCCGGUUCAGAAACCCUUGACUGUCUGUUUGUCGAAAGACUCGGUAUUUCUUCUUUAAUCAGAGAAGCCAUGCAAGCUUGGUCUGAAGAAGAACUAUCUAGAUUGGUCCAUAAGCAUGGUGGCAGACCUAUUGGCUCCUAUAAAUUUAUCCCGAUGGACGAUUUUUCGUAUCCGGGGGAUUUCGAUUUAGAUGAAGAACAUUGUUUCAACGAUCCAAGCGAUAACUCGUUAAAAUGUGUUUCAGAGAUCAUAAUUCCGAAAAUUCUAACCGCCACUCCACCGCAUGCCUUGUUUAUGGACUGUACUCACGAUAACGAGACUCCAUUUGAGAAAAGAACAGUGGAGGAUACCUUACCCAAUGCUGCGCUCGUGGCGCUUUGCUCCUCUGCCAUAGGAUCCGUUUAUGGUUAUGACGAGAUUUUUCCGCAUUUACUGAAUUUAGUUACUGAGAAAAGACAUUAUGAUAGUUCCACCUCUACCGGUAGUUCUUCUGCAGGGAUUACUAAAGUUAAGGCCACUUUGAACUCAAUCAGGACAAAUAUUGGCCAAAAUGAAUAUGAUAUCGAAGAUUCAGAAAUGCAUGUUCACCACCAAGGACAAUAUAUCACCUUUCAUCGAAUGGAUGUUAAAUCAGGAAAAGGAUGGUAUUUAAUCGCCAGAAUGAAAUUUUCCAAUAACGGCGAUUCCAAUGAGACUUUACCCCCCGUGGUACUAAACCAAUCGCAGUGCUCUUUAAAAUUUUCAUAUGCUUUGGAAAGAGUUGGCGAUAAGGUUCCUGAUGAUGACAAAGUAAUCCGAGGUAUUUCCACAAAAUUAAAAGAGCUCAAAGGGUUUGAGAUCUCUUAUGAUCACGUAAAGAAGCUCUCCACCAUCAAAUUACCCRACGAAUUCCCUCAAGGUUCUAUCGCCAUUUUUGAAACUCAACAGAAUGGCGUGGAUGAGUCUUUGGACCAUUUCAUAAGAUCAGGUGCCCUAAAAGCGACCUCAAAAUUGACUUUAGAAUCCAUAAAUUCCGUCCUGUACCGUAGUGAACCCGAAGAAUACGAUGUUAGCGCUGGCGAAGGCGGUGCUUAUGAUAUUCCUGGUUUCGGCAAACCUGUUUAUUGCGGAUUGCAAGGUUGGGUCUCCGUCUUGAGAAAGCUUAUGUUUUGUAACGAUUUGGCUCAUCCCUUGAGUGCAAAUUUAAGAAAUGGCCAUUGGGCCUUAGAUUAUACUGCAAGCAGACUAAAUUACUACAAUGAUGAAACAGGAAUCAUUGAGGUACAAAACUGGUUGCGUUCUAGAUUUGAUAGAGUCAAAAAAUUACCAAGUUACCUGGUACCAAGUUAUUUUGCCCUGGUUAUAGGUAUUCUUUAUGGAUGUUGUCGUUUAAAAGCUAUCCAGUUGAUGUCCGAUAAUAUUGGUAAAUCUACGUUGUUUGUACAAAGUUUAUCAAUGACGUCUAUUCAAAUGAUUUCUAGAAUGAAAUCAACCUCCAUUUUACCAGGAGAGAACGUUCCCUCCAUGGCUGCAGGUUUACCACAUUUUAGCGUGAAUUACAUGAGAUGUUGGGGUAGAGAUGUUUUUAUUGCAUUAAGAGGUAUCUUAUUGACCACUGGUAGGUUCGAUGAAGCAAAGGCGCACAUACUAGCGUUUGCCAAAACAUUGAAGCAUGGUUUGAUUCCAAAUCUACUAGAUGCAGGUAGAAACCCAAGAUAUAAUGCUCGUGAUGCUGCGUGGUUUUUCUUACAAGCUGUACAAGAUUAUAUUCAUAUUGUUCCAAAUGGUGAAAAAAUUUUGCAGGAUCGAGUAACAAGAAGAUUCCCAUUGGACGACACUUACAUUCCUGUAGAUGAUACAAGAGCAUUUAGUUACUCUAGUAGCCUAGAAGAGAUCGUUUACGAAAUCUUGAGUAGGCAUGCCAAGGGAAUUAAAUAUAGAGAAGCCAAUGCGGGUCCCAAUCUAGAUCGUGUUAUGACUGAUAAGGGGUUUGAUGUUGAAAUACACGUGGAUUGGUCUACUGGGUUGAUCCACGGUGGAUCUCAAUACAAUUGUGGCACCUGGAUGGAUAAAAUGGGUGAAAGUGACAAAGCCGGCUCUGUAGGCAUACCUGGGACUCCUAGGGAUGGGGCCGCUAUAGAAAUCAACGGCCUUCUGAAGAGUGCCUUAAGAUUUGUUGUUGAACUAAAGGAAAAAGGGUUAUUUAAGUUCACAGAUGUAGAGACACAAGACGGUGACAAAGUCAGCUUCACUGGCUGGAAUCAAUUGGUUCAAGACAAUUUCGAGAAAAAGUACUAUGUACCAGAAGAUCCAACUAAGGAUGCGGAGUAUGAUGUGGAGGUCAAAUCAGGCGUUAACAGAAGAGGCAUCUAUAGAGACUUGUACAAGUCAGGAAAACCUUACGAAGAUUAUCAGUUAAGACCAAACUUUGCCAUUGCCAUGACUGUGGCACCAGAAUUAUUUGUCCCCGAACACGCCAUCAAAGCGAUUACUAUUGCGGACGAAGUGCUAAGGGGACCCGUGGGUAUGCGCACUUUGGAUCCAAGUGACUAUAAUUACCGCCCGUACUAUAACAAUGGAGAAGAUUCCGAGGAUUUCGCUACUUCAAAGGGAAGAAAUUACCAUCAAGGCCCUGAGUGGGUCUGGCUCUAUGGUUACUUCCUAAGAGCGUUCCAUCACUUUCACUUCAAAACUAACGCUCGUUGCCAAAACGCAGCCAAGGAAAAACCGUCCUCGUACUUGUACCAACAACUGUACUACCGAUUGAAAGGCCACAGAAAAUGGAUUCGUGAUAGCGUAUGGACAGGGUUAACUGAGCUAACUAAUAAGGAUGGUGAACUAUGCAAUGAUUCUAGCCCCACACAAGCCUGGAGUUCCGGCUGCUUGUUGGAUCUAUUCUACGAUUUAUGGGACGCCUACGAAGACGAUUCAUGA